AUGGAUUUCAGUCAGAAAUUGCUGUUCUUUCCAAGGUUCGUCAUCGACAUCUGGUUUCUCCUUUGGGUUACUCCGUUGAAGGAAAUGAAAGGCUUCUUGUCUACGAGUAUGUCUCAAGGCGCUCUUAGCAGACAUCUUUUCCAUUGGAAGAGCUUCAAUCUGAAGCCAUUAUCUUGGACAAGGAGACUCAUAAUUCUGUUGGAUGUUGCAAGAGCGAUGGAAUACCUACAUAAUUUAGCCUGCCAAACCUUCAUACACCUAAAUCUCAAAUCUUCCAAUAUUCUUCUGGGUGAUGACUUUCAUGCAGAAGUUUCAGAUUUUCGGUUGGUGAAACUUACUCCGGAUGGGGAGAAGUCUGUUGUGGCUAAGCUUGCGGGGACAUUUGGAUACCUUGCACCUGAAUAUGCCUUGGUGGGGAAAAUCACAACAAAAGCAGAUGCGUUCAGCUUUGGAGUGGUGUUAAUGGAACUUUUAACUGGAUUGAUGGCGCUUGAUGAGAACUGGCCAGAGGAAAGCAGGUACUUGGCCGAGUGGUUUUGGCAAAUAAAGUCAAGCAAGGAGAAGCUUGUGGCUGCAAUUGAUCCAACUCUUGAAGUAAAAGAAGAAACUUUUGAGAGCAUCUCGAUAAUAGCUGAACUAGCUGGUCAUUGCACAGCGAGGGAGCCAAGCCAUCGGCCUGAAAUGGGACAUGCAGUGAAUGUGUUGUCCCUACUUGUCGAAAAGUGGAAACCAGUUGAAGACGAAUCCGAUUGUCUCUCAGGGAUUGAUUACAACCACCCUCUACCUCAGAUGUUAAAGGUUUGGAAAGAAUCAGAAAGCCAAGGAGUCAGGUAUAUAGCCUUGAGGACAGCAAGGGCAGUAUUCCUGCAAGGCCUAACGGAUUUGCGGAGUCCUUCACUUCCGCAGAUGGGCGAUGAGAAAUUGGUAAGUCCACAGAAUCUAUUGGCUCUUGCAGCACUAGUCUCUAUGUAG